AUGGACUCGACUUUAGAUCCACCUCCUCCCUACUCCUCCACACCACACUUCCCCGAACAAGAAACCCUACCUCCAACCACCUUCAUCCUAUCAAACAAAUCCAUCCACACCGAGACAGCCCCCUCAACACCCCUCUACCAGAUAUCCCAAAACAUCUCAUCUCUACCCCAAAAGUUCACAUCAGUAAAAUUCGAACGAAUAGAAACCGAUGCACCAUUAAAACUCGAAAGCAAGUCCCCCGAGCCACAAAGGAAGCACAUAUUCUAUCUCGCUCACCCGGCGCAUGCGCAGUACCGGAAAGAUGUUCCCGCUUAUUAUAUUACCUCCGUCUCCCUUGGGUCUUUGGGCAAUAUCCGCUUUGAGAUGAGUAAAUCGCGGUUUCAGAAGGUGGAGUUUAAGGCGCUUCUGAGUCCGGGGAAGACCAUGGGGGAUAAGCCGUUGUUUUAUGAAGAUUUGGAGACAACUUUGUUCAGUGCGAAGAUGAAGUGGACUGGGGGUGGGUAUAGAUGGACCGAUGCUCGGGGUAAGGAGGUGGCGUUUGAGGGGGGGAAGGGCGAAGGGUUGAAGUUGGUUGUUACGGCAUCUAUGAACCAGGAUAUGAGAGAUGCACUGGUUGCACUGUGGGUUUUGAGGGCUUGGUCUGAGACGGCUGAGAGUAGCGAGGCUAAAGCGGAUGAACUAGCAGCCUGGAUGCCGCCUACCAUGUAUAGAAGCACGGAUUUAGGCUUGGGGAAGACGGCAACGUUGGGAGCCAUUGGCGCACUUGGUGGAGGUGGCGCUUGA